CGCGGGCUCCUACGUGGUACAAGCAACGAAAAAGAUUCGAUCCCACCUAAGGUUUUCAACAAAUCGUCCAAAAAUGCAACCAAACCAAGGCCAAUCGAUAUGCUCAUAAGAGACAAACCUGAGGCUCGGUGCUGCAGCUACAAGCUUUGACCAGGUCCAUCCCAAGAGAGUCGUGGCGGCACCCCAAACGACCAUUUAUUGCUGGAGAAUGAGAAGAAGAAAAAAAGAAGACCAUGCGAGCGGGGUCCUCAGGGAUGAGAAUUGUGAAAUGCAUUUGUGCAUAAUCGAAUUUCCAAACCCCUUUGCUGCGGCCUUUCUGAGUUCCUGAUGCACAUUGUGUCUAUAACCUUCCACCCUUGUAUCCGUCGUUCGAUCCCGCCAGGGCUCCCGGUCAAUUCAAUCAAUGGGGAAAGUGACAUCUUUCUACCUAAAAGCCGGACCAUGACGCUACGCGGUCGGUAAACAAAACAUCGACACCGACCGCCCCUUUCAUCGUCGAAAACACCCCCCGCCAAGCACCCACACUCCCUCCAGCCAUGAAUGACAGAGGUGCGGCGGCCGAAGAAAGUCGAGGUCCACAGGUUCUGGCCGUCGCCAUCCCGCUCGUGGUCGUCGCCACCGUCUUCGUCGCCGCCCGGCUGUACACCAAGGCCGUCAUCAAAAAGCUAGUCUACCUUGAAGAUUACAUCAUCGGCUUUUGCAAUCUGAUGAUGUUGGCCGAGGUGUGUCUGGUUUCCAUCGCGAUCAAGCACGGGGAGGGGAGGCACAUCUGGACCUUGUCGGAGGAUGAGCUCGAGGCAUCGAAGCUGUGGUUCAUCAUCGCCUCCGUACCAGGCGUCUCCGCGCUGGGGUUGCCCAAGAUCGCCAUCGCGUUGAUGCUAAAUAGGAUCCUCUUCGCCAACAGAUGGCUGACGGUGGCCUCGUGGUUCAUGUCCGGCAUGACCACGCUGAACUUCACAGUCGUCCUUUUUCUGCUCAUUUUCCAGUGCUCGCCCGUGCGAGCGGCCUGGUCUGCCAACGUCCCCAACGCGACGUGUUAUGGCUCCGACGUAGUCGUUAAUUUUUGUAUAUACGCCUCGGUGUUCUCUGCCGUCACCGACCUUUAUUUCGCAUUUUGGCCCGCUGUCGUCAUCCUAAGGCUUGGGAUGAACACACAGAAGUCCAUCGGACUCAGCUGUGUGCUCGGCCUUGGGGUUUUUGCGUGUGCUGUCGCCCUAUACAAGGUUUCUCUACUACCGCUCAUGACAAGUCCAGACUUUACGUAUGACUGUGCAACCCUCAUAAUAUGGACAGUAGCCGAAGCAUCGGCAAUACUAAUUGCCUCGUCCAUCCCCAUGCUGACCCCGAUAUACCUCAUGAUCAUGCGACGGCGUAGGGAUGGAGAGCAUCGGAAUGAGGUCCGCAAAGCCCCACCACUUGACGAACUGGUCCAUCAGCUUGGCCACCAGCGUCAAACGCAAAUUCAACACCACAUUUGGGAUGUGUAGACGGGCGUCGUCCAUCGACUUGCAAAACGCCAGUCUUCUGCAGCGGUGACGAGCUCGGCGAGAAUUGGCAGCGUUCCACGGCAUACUGUACGAAGUUUAGGGGAUACGAGCCGUUGUAUUGACGAAGUAGAAAAUCCUAAUCAAACGCCAACGGCAGGUUGAUGUUGUCUGAGUUUCUUUGCUUGAAUGAUGUCAGACAUGACCGGGG